GCUUCUUUCUUUCCGUUCUCUCCCCCCUCCCCUGUGGCAGCAGUUCAGCAUCAACCUCUUCACACACGCACGAACAUAUUGAGACUUAGCGCUUCUCUUUUGUUUUGCUUUUUUGUUUCUUUGCUUUGUAGGCUCUCACUAAGAAGACGUUACGUCAACGCUGAAAGAUUCCUAUUUUAUAUACAUAUCCACAUUCUUCAAGAGAAAUCUCACCUAUUCAAACCGUGUGUGAUAGCGCCGCAUCGUCAUCGGUUCUUUUCCCCCGCUGAAACGUCGGUCUCCACGUUUUGUAAUUCAAGUCGUCACACAAACGUUGUCCCCCUUCGCCCCGCUGUUCGGCGUGAUUUCUACUACUUUUUCUCAUUUUGUUCUUCGCAUUACACUCUUCCAGAAGCGUCUCGUAUCGUGUCUUUGUCUUGACUCUGUUCUUUUUUUCUUUUUCUUUUUGGAUCUCAAGAAGUCGCACGAGCACCCACAAUGCUUCGCCGUGUCUCUUCUCGCGUGCUACCGAAGGCAUGUGGUGCGGCCCACAACAUGUGCCUUCGCUUCUGCCUCAGCAUCAAGGUGCCGACGAUUGCCGAGUCCAUCAGCACUGGGAAGGUGGUGAACUGGACCAAGAAGGUCGGCGACGCUGUUACCGAGGAUGAGGUAAUUUGCCAGAUUGAGUCCGAUAAGCUCAACGUGGACGUGCGCGCCCCCAAGAACGGUGUUAUUACGAAGAUCAACUUUGAGGAUGGCGCGGAUGUAGAGGUGGGCGCAGAGCUGUCAACGAUGAAGGAGGGUCCGGCCCCAGCUGCCGCGCCGGCUGCCGGAAAGGAGGAGGCGGCGAAGCCCGACGCCCCGAAGGCCGCUGCUCCGGCAGCGCCGGCGGGUGCGGCUGCCGCGCCCGCUGCUGCUGCGCCGAUGCCUGCAAAGCCCAGCGUGCAGACCGUCAGCGGUGCGGACCCGCGCGUGAAAAGUGUGCGCAUCUCGUCGAUGCGGCACCGCAUUGCCGACCGUCUUAAAGCCAGCCAGAACACGUGCGCCAUGCUGACCACCUUCAACGAAGUCGACAUGACACCGCUGUUUGAGCUGCGCAACAAGUACAAGGACGACUUCGCGAAGCGCCACGACGUGAAGCUGGGCCUCAUGUCGCCCUUCGUGAAGGCGUGCGCGAUCGCCCUGAAGGAUGUGCCGAUCGUGAACGCCUCCUUUGGCAAGGACACCAUCGACUACCACGACUUUGUAGACAUCUCCAUCGCCGUCGCCACCCCGCGCGGACUCGUGGUGCCGGUGAUUCGCGAUGUGCAGAAUAUGAACCUGGCGAACAUCGAGGUCGCAAUCGCCGACUACGCCGCGCGGGCGCGCAUCAACAAGCUGACCAUGGCGGAGAUGACGGGCGGGACCUUCACCAUCUCCAACGGCGGCGUAUUUGGAUCGUGGAUGGGCACGCCGAUCAUCAACCCCCCGCAGAGCGCCAUUCUCGGCAUGCACGCCAUCAAGAAGAAGCCGUGGGUGGUGGGCAACGAGAUCAAGAUUCGCGACAUCAUGGCCAUCGCCCUCACGUACGACCACCGCCUCAUCGACGGUGGCGACGCUGUCACAUUUUUAGUCAAGGUGAAGAAUUUGGUGGAGGAUCCGGCUCGUAUGGUGCUGGACCUGUCGUAG